UUCUACUUAGACAAGACAAUGACUACUGACGAAGGUGCCAAGAACAAUGAGGAAAGCCCAGCAGCAGCUGUCGCUGAACGAGGAGAGGAUAUUACCUCCAAAAAAGAUAGAGGCGUAUUAAAGAUUGUCAGAAGAGUGGGAAAGAGUGAUGAAAAACCGAUGAUUGGAGACAAAAUUUACGUCCAUUACAAAGGGAAGUUAUCCAAUGGAAAGAAGUUUGAUUCCAGUCAUGACAGAAAUGAACCAUUUGUCUUUAGUCUUGGCAAAGGCCAGGUUAUCAAGGCAUGGGACAUCGGGGUGGCCACCAUGAAGAAAGGCGAGAUCUGCCAUUUACUGUGCAAACCGGAAUAUGCAUAUGGCGCUGCUGGCAAUCUCCCCCAGAUCCCCUCGAAUGCAACACUCUUUUUUGAGAUUGAGCUCCUUGAUUUCAAAGGAGAGGAUUUAUUUGAAGAUGGAGGCAUCAUCCGCAGGAUCAAACAGAAAGGAGAAGGAUACUCAAACCCAAAUGAAGGCGCCACCGUAGAAAUUCACCUGGAAGGCUGCUGUGGAGGAAGGAGGUUUGACUGCAGAGAUGUGGUAUUCAUCGUGGGCGAAGGGGAGGACCACGACAUCCCAAUCGGGAUUGACAAAGCCCUGGAGAAAAUGCAGCGGGAAGAGCAAUGCAUUUUAUAUCUCGGCCCUCGAUAUGGUUUUGGAGAGGCAGGGAAGCCUAAAUUUGGCAUUGAACCUAAUGCUGAGCUUAUAUAUGAAGUUACACUUAAGAGCUUCGAAAAGGCCAAAGAAUCCUGGGAGAUGGAUACCAAAGAGAAAUUGGAGCAGGCUGCGAUUGUUAAGGAGAAGGGCACUGUGUACUUCAAGGGAGGCAAGUACAUGCAGGCCGUGAUCCAGUACGGGAAGAUAGUCUCCUGGCUGGAGAUGGAAUAUGGCCUGUCAGAGAAGGAAUCGAAAGCCUCAGAGUCCUUCCUGCUCGCUGCCUUCCUCAACCUGGCUAUGUGCUACCUGAAGCUCCGAGAGUACAGCAGAGCCGUGGAGUGCUGCGACAAGGCACUGGGCCUGGACAAUACCAAUGAAAAGGGCCUGUACCGGAGGGGUGAAGCCCAGCUGCUGAUGAACGAGUUUGAGUCAGCCAGGGGUGAUUUCGAGAAAGUGCUGGAAGUCAAUCCCCACAAUAAGGCUGCCAGGCUGCAAAUCUCCGUGUGCCAGAAGAAGGCAAAGGAGCACAAUGAGCGGGACCGCAGGAUCUACGCCAACAUGUUCAAGAAGUUCGCAGAACAGGAUGCCAAGGAAGAGGCCAGCAGAGCACUGGGCAAGAAGCCACUGGAGGAUGUUGCCAGCCAUGCGAAGAAGGCUGAGGGCCAGGCCAUGGAAGAGGAGAAGGCGGAGGGCUGCGUAUGACAGCACGCCGCGGAGGGAAGCGUGUGCCCCGCUCGCCCUCCCCCAUGGGCCUUCCCCUCUCCGGACUCAGCCGAGCCCCGACCUGUCCCUCAGUCUCUCUGCCAUGGGGGAAGCACAUGGCAAGGCCAGUCACUGCUUCCCCGCAAGCCACCGCCCUGCUGCUGCCCCACGCUCCCCGUGAGGGCCGGCGUGGGACCCAUCCCGGUGACACUCAGCAGAGAGGGGGGGACUGCGGCUGUGAGGAGAUGGAGCCAGUAGCCCGAGCCCCAGCUCAUUCACGUAGGUCACUGUUCCACGUCCAAUUCAGGGUCCCCUGAGCUCAUACGAACCCUUCUUCAGUUUUGACAUUUCCUUGAACUCUUACCAGCAUAGCACUGUAGGCAACCGCAGAUGAACGCCCAGCGCUUCCCUCUCCACCGAUCCAGGACCAGGAGCUUGGGGGUUAGUGCUUAAAUGCCCGAAGCGCUCUGAGGGGCCCCCCUCCACUCACAACCAACAGUACCUGCCGCAGAGGCAACCCAUCCGCACC